GGAUAUUUUGGACAACGGUGUCCAUGGCCGCGACCCGCAUUCACAUAAGAAUCCUCAAGCUUCCAUCGCGAUCUUCGUGCUCUACCCACACCUACCACCGCAGUGCAACGCCGUUCAUUCCCCAGAUCCACGCAUGAACAACCCUGAAAAGGUUGAUCCCACCCACGUCGAGGAUGCUGCAAGCCUCGAUAAGGGACAGCAGCAGUUCGGAAACCUCACGGCACUUGCACAGGCCGCUGCGACGGAUAAGGCGCUAUCGCCGCUGCAUGCCGUGCGCGUGUACUGGCAGGCGACGUUUUGGUGUCUAUUCAUGUGUAUGGGCGCCCUCCUGUGGGGUUACGACUCGCAGGUCGGAGGCGGUUUGCUCAGCGUACCCUCGUUCCGCAGAGACUUCGGGUUCUUUGAUGAAAGCUCGUCCCAAUACAUUCUCGCGGCGCGAUGGCAAAGUGCCUUCAACAGCGUCAGCUCUGUGGGCGGCAUCUUUGGUGGUCUGUCACUAGGAUACGUCUCGGAUAAGCUUGGACGACGAGGCGCUGUGGCCGUCUGCUGCGUGGUCUCCAUCGUGGGCAUUCUGAUUCAAUUCUUCACGUAUCCGCACAAGAACGCCCAGCUGCUUGUGGGGAAGCUUGUCAAUGGCUAUGCUCUCGGCAUGUACGUAUCCGGUGCCAGCUCUUACUGCUCUGAGGUAUCUCCCCUGGCGUUGCGAGGUAUCACGACGUCGUCCGUGAAUCUGUGGAUCGACCUCGGACAGCUCAUGUCGAAUGGCGUCAUCGAAGGUACCGGAGAAUGGUCAUCUGCAUACGCAUAUAGGCUGCCCUUCGCACUCCAGUGGAUCUUCCCCGUUCUGCUGCUCAUCGGGCUCCCGUUCGCACCUGAGUCGCCGUGGUGGCUUGUGCGCAAGGGACGGAAGGAAGAGGCACACAAGAUCCUCACGAGGCUCUCUGGCGGCGCGACGGACGUAGACCUGCAGUUGCAGCAGAUCCAGGAGACGAUCGUUCUCGAGGACUCGUAUGCAGCCAAUUCGACAUACGCGGAUUGCUUCCGAGGUGUGAACUUGACAAGGACGAUCAUCGCAUGCAUGGUCUUCGUGCUCCAGCAAGCGGCAGGUGUGGUCUUCGUCCUCGGCUACAGCACGUACUUCUUCGAGCUGGCUGGCUUCCCCGACGGUAAUGCCUUCCGCUUGGGCGUCGGAGUUACAGGCAUCGGUGUUGCUGGGAAUCUCUUGACGUUCUACACCGUCAACCGAUACGGGCGUCGGUUCAUCUUCAACUGGACGAUGUUGGGAUGCACGAUCGUGCUUCUCCUCAUCGGCUUCCUAGCAAUUCCGACGCAUAACCAGAACGCGAAAUGGGCGAUGGCUGCGUUUACCUUGAUAUACAACUUCAUAUAUCAGACCGGAAUCGGUCCUCUUGGAUACGUCAUUUUCGCCGAGGUAUCUUCCGCCAAGUUGCGAUCCAAGACGGUCGGCAUCGGUAUCCUAGUCAACUCGCUUUGUGGCAUGGUUAUGAACAUCGUCAUCCCAUACUUGGUGACACCGGACGAGGCGAACCUCGGCGGGAAGGUGGGCUUCAUCUUCGGCGGCCUUGCCGCGAUUGGGACGGUCUGGGCGUACUUCUACAUCCCCGAGACGAAGAACCGUACAGUGGACGAGCUGGACACGAUGUUCGAGCGGCGUGUCCCGCCGCGCAAGUUCGGAACGUACAACGGGGAGGAGGAGGACUUACCGCAGGAGAUCUCCGAAAAGUGAUGGAGAGGGUCUCAGAGGACCAGGACAAUGGCGGUGGGCAACUGGGUUCGGCUGGUUUGUGUGCAUUGAUUUGCAGAUGGCGUUGACGAACGUUAUGACCUGCGAUGGAUGACCUUCGAUGACUUGAUGACUGAGGUAUACUGGGUACUGUACUGUAGGCAUUGAUUUAGGUCUCCUGGGGUAGUUGUCUAGCAUUGUAUAAUCGACCCUCCUUAGGGAGCGUUGUUCAAAGCAUGGCCUUCGUUCAAAUGAUGCCAUGGUCAAUCU